AUUGGAAGGUAGUGGUGGCAAUUCAAUGGUUGCGUUGCACAAUUUGAAGACGACUUUUAUAAUUUUUUUCUUGACACUUAUUAGUAUAGAUUUACUACCAUGCACCAAGACUACGGAGCAUAUCUACAGUUAUAUUCCUUCAUUUCUUACAUCAUAUUGCACACGGAAGUUAAAUCUCACUUCACAGGUUGGAUGUUCUAGUGAUAUCGAGGGAAAUUCUGGAGUUGUGUAUUUCAUGAAUGAAUCAUCGGAUAUUUCCAAUAUCAAUAAUUCUGACACAAAGACAUCUUUUAUAAUUGUUUUGGACAUUAAGCAUUUUAUAAACUCUACAUUGAUGCUGUAUUUGCGUUCAAUACAAAACAUAAACGGACUUGUCGUUUUUUCCAACAAUGACGACAACUUUGAAAAUAAUGCUUUUUCGGAAUCCACGAAAUGCCCAAAUAGCCAGUAUAGUGCAUACCCAUGGGAUAAGCAAUGCAAUAUUGGUCCAGACUGGAACCCAGCGGGAUCAGGAUAUGCAGAUAUUGACUGGCCUUUCCCUGUCGUUUAUGUCGCUGAUGUCAAUAGCACUAUUAAGAAUGCAAUUCAUGAAUGUUAUUCCAAAUUCAACCUAGCACCUUCCGAUGAUACAAGAUGCUCAAUUGAAAUAAGUAAUGCUAUGUCAGCCGUGGGAUCAUCUGAAACUUGCUUUCGCCGUCAGUAUCUGAUGUCGCUUCACAUUUCAGAGGCAACAGAGAUUUUCUGUGAUGAGCUUACGGGGCUUAACAUUAUUCUUGCAGCGACUAAUUCUACCAACUACUUAAACCAUACUGGGAUAAAUCUGAAUACUACAAGUCGGCGUGAAAAUUCCACUCUUUUUGUACUAUCUCGAAUGGACUCUCGCAGCAUGUUUGAACGCAGUGGAUUUUCAAGUCAAGGUGUUCUCCCAAGUAUAGCUGUCUUAAUUUCAGUAGCUGCGCAUUUGAUGGGACAGAACCUAAAAGAUUCAGGCUUGGAAAAAGAUUUAUUCUUUGGGUUUCUUGACAAUGAAGCAUAUGAUUUUAUGGGAUCAUACAGACUUUCAUAUGAUUUGAUUGACGGAAAUAUUGCUCGUUAUACUGACAGUCCUGUAAUGUGGAAUAGUCUUUAUGGUGUCAUAGAGUUGGGUGAAAUUGGACUAUCUCAAUAUCAGAACGGUACUCCUACAAUUUACAUGUUGACGGAUGCUCAAACUUGCAACCAGACGCAAAACGUUACAAAUUUUUUCCUAAAUCAUCUGACUGCUGCAAGUACGACAGGUGGGAAAGUUAACCUAGAGCGGCCUUCAGAUGUAUUACAGGAGCUACCUCUACCUCCUACGGCGUCAAUGCAAGCCCUUCUCAAAACUUCUCCAUAUCCACUCCCCCAUGUUCUCUUGAGUGAUCAUGCUGGCCCACCGAUUAUGAACAAACAUUUCGAAAGCUUUCUUGACAUAUCAUGGCCUCCAAUGGAUAAUCCUGCUGCCGACUCAACUCUUUUGGAUUUCGCCAACACCUUAGCAGAUGCUUUAUAUAGAGGAUAUCAACAGAAUGAGGUCACUUUGAAUAAAACGUGAAUAGAAGCUGUACAGUUCUAAAGUGGUGCACAUAUAAAGCACAAUACAUUUUCUUAUCUGAUAAGUGAGAGCCAUUUUCGUCUAAUCAAUUUGUUUGUCAUUCAUUAGUUAUGUAGAUCCAGAUGAGGUAUUAGUUUGUCUUUGAAUAGUAUCAGGGUAUUUUGGUCAGCGAGAAACUCAGCAUUCACAACUACUUACAUUUAUUCAUUAAAAGGCAGUCAAUCGGGGUCACAGUCUUAGAGGACAGACUUCCCACACUAAAUGUAUGUCCUGGGCGUUCCUCAUUUUAAAUACAAUGAAGGUGGUUUGAAGAAAUUUCUUAACUUUCCUUGUAGUGAGAAUUCAAAUAAAAAGUUGUCUCACAAAGCAUAAUAUUCUCAUAGAUGCACUCAAUAUUAUUUAGUAAUCGAAUUCCUUAAAAAAGUUUAAGAAGUAAGAAUACUUUGACAGUUACCGUCCACCUGUGUGCUACUUGACUGCUUCACGACUCGUGCUUCAGAGAAAAAAAAAUGAAAUAUUCGGGGAGACUUCUUUUCUCUACAACAAUUAGCCCUGUUAACGCUAAAGUUUAGGAGGCUUAUUGCCGGAGGAUGUUGGCAUACUCCGUGUUUAGACCCUACAAAGUGUUGUGUUGCUACUUUUUAAGCACAACUGAAUACAUAUCAUUAUCCCUGACUGAGUUUUUUUUUUCAUAUAUAAGCCAUAUACCUUCAUAUAAAUAGUGCCACUAGUAACAUUUUGAAGGGAAAUAUUUUUAUGACGCUAAUUAUAUUUGUUAUUCUAAGAGAUGUACAUUCACUUGCGUUUGCGUUUAACUUAUUAAUAUGUAAAAGUGGGUUCAUAUAAAUUCUUCCAGGAUAAUCGAAAUGACUGAGAACUCAAAUCCACCAUUAAAUAUGAACUGUAUGCUUUGAUUGGACACUAGUUAGUAAGUAAUAUCAUGUGUGUGUUUAGUCCUAUCUUUGGUGCAGACUGAAUUCUAUCAGUCAA